GUGGGGCAGGUGACGUCACUGGCCACCGGUUUGGGGAAGACGCCAAGAUGGCGGCGAGCGACUCCUCCCGCUUCGUUCAGUCCAGCACGAAGCCUCCCUCGGCCUUUCCCCUCCAGGUCUCUGGGGCCACCUACACUGCUCGCGGGGAGGACCCUGCUGCCCAGCCACCAGGGCCCGGAGCCCCGACCUCCCAGGGCAGUCACAGCUCCAGACGGUCGCCAGCCAGCCGCAGCUCCCAGGACAGACAGGACUCGCCCUGCCGGCCAGGACCAAGCUCCCCAGGCUAUGAUGCAUCUGUGUCCUCGGCAGCCACGGGCCCCGGCCGACUACUGAAGCCCAGGUUGGGCCCCAGACAGCCCCAUCUCCACUACUGCCCCGUGUGCAAGAUUAGCUGUGCUGGGAUGCAGACCUACCAGGAGCACCUGGACGGGCAGAAGCAUCGGAAGAAGGAGGCGGCUCAGAGGCCCGACGACGGCAACCCGCUGUACUGUGACCUGUGCUCCGUGUCCUGCACCGGGGCGGAAGCCUACAAGGCGCACAUCCGGGGCGCCCGGCACCAGAAGGCACCGGCCGUGGACCCGAGGGUGGGGACAGCCCUCUUGUACACAGGUGCUCGUGCCCCGGGAGAGGCCAAGCACUCUGCUAACAACCCGGGGUGCACUCCCAACCCUGCGCCUCGCCCCCAGUCCCAAUGCGAAGGGCCUCUCGAGCCAAUGGCAGUGCACAGCAGACCCCAGGAGGGGACAGCGACACAGUCUAAGUCAGAGGGGCCUGGACAAAAGGCUGCCUGGAAGGGCUCCGGGGAGGCCUCCGCAGGGGGCUGGGUCGCAGAGCCGGUAGGCCCGGAGUUUGUGGAGGAGGUGUGCAACGACCAAGGGAAGGUGAUCCGCUUCCGUUGCAAACUGUGUCAGUGCAACUUCAACGACCGCAACGCCAAGGACCUGCACCUGCGGGGGCGGCGGCACCGGCUGCAGUACCGGGUGCGUCCGGCAGAGGAAGCCCGCCCCCGCCCAGGGUCCCCAGAUGGUUGGCUUAAUUUAGGGGUCUGCAUGGGGAGGGGCGCGGAUUCUGUUUCUCCGCCUUGGUCCGUGGCUCGGAGCGCACCUUUUGCCUCCAUGGGACUGAAAGCUGGAUGGUAUCUCCAGGACCCGAGGGUCCCUCAUGUCGUCCGGGGUCACGGGGCGCUGAGGUCUGCGGCAGCCGCGGGCCCCUCCUCUGCUGAAGGUCCGCCCACCCUCAGGGUCGCUGUCCCGCCCGCAGUGGGGGGCCGUGUCACCACCCUGCCCGAAGGAUGGCAGACUACCGGGGAGGUGGCCCUCGGCCCCGUGUCCCCCGACCCUGGCGGGGGCGGGGGCGCUGGGCACAGUCCCCAGGGCAGCGGCCCCUCAGCCUCGUCUCCUGGUGGCCUCACAGCCCUGUGUCCUCUGGUCCCCAGGCCCCACGAGGUGCACUACAGGGACCAGAAGAAGGAGCCGAGGCCCCAGGAUGAGGAGCAGCCCUUCUCUUCCCCCGCCUGGGCCCUUCCGUCCCCCGCGGACAGACCAAAGACACCACUGGCAGCCCAGGCCCAGGCCAAGCGGCGGCCGGAGACCAGUGAUGACCGCCACGUCAUGUGCAAGCACGCGGCCAUCUACCCCACGGAAGCGGAACUGCAGGCCAUCCAGAAGGCCGUGUCGCAUGCGGAGAGGGCCCUCAGGCUGGUGUCUGACCUGAUGACCGAGGAGGACUCUGAGAGUUUGGGGGAGGAGUGCAGCCUGGCGUCCUCUCCGCGGAUCCUGAAGGGUGUCAUGCGGGUCGGCAUCCUGGCCAAGGGCCUGGUCCUGCGGGGCGACAGGAACGUGCGGCUGACCCUGCUGUGCUCCCAGAAGCCCACACGCGCACUGCUAUGCAGAAUCGCUGCACGGCUGCCAGAGCAGCUCCUGAUGGUGACCGAUGACAAGUACGAAGUCUCCUCUGACCCCGAAGCCAGCAUUGUCAUCUCCUCCUGUGAGGAGCCCAGGAUGCAGGUCACCGUGUCCAUCACCUCACCCCUGAUGCGACAGGACCCCUCUGUGGACCAAGAAGAAAAAGAGGAAGCACAGCCCGACCCAGACAUCCUGAGCUCUGAGAAGUGCCUGGAGUCCCUGGCUGCCCUCCGCCACGCCAAGUGGUUCCAGGCGAGAGCCAGCAACCUGCAGCCUUGUGCGAUUGUCAUCAGGGUCCUGCGGGACCUCCGCCAACGAGUGCCCACAUGGGGGGCCCUGCCAGCCUGGGCCAUGGAGCUGCUGGUGGAGAAGGCACUGAGCAGCGCACCCCGGCCCCUGAGCCCAGGGGACGCGGUGCGGCGGGUCCUCGAGUGUGUGGCCACGGGCACGCUCCUGGCAGACGGACCUGGGAUCCAAGAUCCCUGCGAGAAAGACCAGAUGGACGCACUCGACUCCAUGACGGAGCAGGAGCGGGAGGAUGUGACGGCCAGCGCCCAGCACGCCCUGCGCAUGGUGGCCUUCCGGCAGAUCCACAAGGUCCUCGGCAUGGAACCCCUGUCGCCCCGGCCCCGCUUCCGGAAGAGGCCGCGUGAGACCAAGGCCGAGGAAGGCGCGUGUGACAGAAAGCGGGGCCGGCAGGAUGGGGGGGGGCUGGUGUGAACCACGCCGGGGCCUCCUGCCCCUCGGUACCUGGUCGGAGCCCACACCUGGGCGCAG